AUGUCUCAAAUAAAAAUUCCAUUAUUACCACUUGAUUGUAUUCAUUGUCAAUCAGCAUAUCAAAUUGAUAUUCAACUUAUUGAUGAACAAUUCUUUGGUAAUCGUACAAUUCAACGUAUAAAAAUUUUUCUAAAAAAUUUUGAAAUUGAAGAUUCAUCUUAUAUUUGUCUUAUAAAUAUUUGUCCAAUUAUAGUUGAAUAUGGAAGUGAUACAAUUCUAUUAAAUAUAACAUCAUCAUUAUUUUCACAUGUUUUUCUUUCAUUUAUUUAUUUAAAUUCUUAUAAUUAUUCAAUUAUAUGUUCAAUACAAACACGUUUUGCUAUAUUUUCAUUAAAUCAAUUUUUAACAUGUACAGAAAAAAUUUAUCUUCAUCCACGUUUAAAUAUUCAAAUAUUAAGACAAUUAUUAAUUUAUGAUUGUCGUGCAUAUUUAUUUGAAGAAAAUAUUUAUCAAACAAGUAUAAAAUUUUAUCAAAAAAAUUUUCUUACAAAUAAUCAACAAAUAACAAAAAUAAAAUCUUCAGGUAAAACAUGUGAAUAUAUAUUAGAAAAUAUAAUUUAUAUUAAUAAUAUUUCAUUAAUACAAACUAAUGUUUUAUUUACAACAAUUAAUUUAUAUUCAUUUUAUAAUCCAUGGAAAAAAGAUAUUCAAAUAUUAGGAACAUGUCAAACAAAACUCAUUCCAUAUCGUGAAAUGUUUUUUACAAAUGAUAUUAUUCAUAUUCGAAAUAUUAUUAUAGAACAAGGACAAACUAUUCAAAUACAUUGUCCAAUUGAUGGUUCUAAAGAAUAUUUAAAAUACGUAUGGUAUUAUCAAAGAUACCAACCUAAAUAUCAAAUAUCAAAUAAUCGGACAAUUCUCUUAAGUAAUAUUACUGAACAAAUGCAAGGUCAAUAUAUAUGUAUUGGUGAUGAUGGAAAUGAAAAGUUAGAAUUUGAAAUGACAUUACAUGUAAUAAAUCAUAAAAAAACAAAUAAUAAUUCAUUUCAUAUUAUCAUUAUAUUAAUUCUUAUUAUUUGUUUUAUUUUAUUUUGUCUUAUAAUAAUUCUUAUAAUAUAUUUUUUAUUAAAAAAAAAAUCUUCUCAAAUUUCUUCAUCUAUGAAUUAUUCAAUACAAAAACAAAAUUCUUUAAUUAUACAUCAUGAUGUUAUAGUUACAAUUCAACAUUCAACUGAACAACAAUUAACAAAUUCUUUAUGGAAUCAAGCACCAUAUCAUACACUUGAUUAUAUUGAUGAACAACCAGCAUAUCAUAUACCAUCAAAUCAAUUAAUACAUAUACCAUCAUGGACAUGGAAUAAACAAUUAAAUUCAGAUAUAAAACAACAACAACAACAACAAAAAAUAUCACAUCAAUUUUCUACUCGUCAUAGAAAUUUAAAUGGACAACCACCAACACAAUUAUCUGUUAAUAUACCAUUACUAAAAUCUAAUAGUGAUAUAAAAUUACCAUUAUUAGUUAAAUUUCAUCAAAUAUCUCAUUCAAUAAAUAAUUGUAUUAAUGAACAAUAUAAUAAUAUUGAAAUACUUAAAAUAUCUGUACCAUUAUUAAAUCAAUAUCCAUUAAUAAAAUCAACAAAUUCAAUGAGUUCAUUUGAUAGUCAAUAUGAACUUGAUGAAUUUAAUCGAAUGACUUAUGUAUGUAUGGAAAAUGAAGCAGUUUUUAUUGAUAGACAAUCACAGAAGAAUAUUAAAAAUUAA